AUGGAGCUAAAAAAUCUGAGUUCUUUUUUUGUAGAAAACUCCAAAGAACCUAAAUGGUUAGUCAGUCAGAACAAUAGGGAUUUUUGGGCUCUUGGCUCUAUAGCCUGUAAAAGGGAUGUGGUCCAGAGAAUGAGGCAUAAUGAAUGGGAUGGAGUUAGAGUUAAACAAAAAAAUGUCAUCAAAAGAGCAGAAGCUCAAAGUAAAAUGUUAUCAAAAUACCAGAUUGGAUUCAAAGACUAUUAUGAAGCUGGUGAAAAACACGAGAAGUUUACCGGAAGUUGA